AUGUCUGAGAAGAUCGAUGCUCAUGUGAGCAUUGAAAGCAUUGGAAAGUCAGCUUCUGGAAACAAUGAUGUUGAUUUGAAUGCUAUCCAGUCUAAACAAAUUACACUUGGUGAUGUUGCUGAGGAGUUUACCUCUGAUCAAAAGUACUACAUUUUGCAGCGUCUUAAUUUCGAGAACCUCGACUCUUUCGAAGACUUGCCAGCAGCCGCUGUUUACAUGUUGCAGAAGAUAGCCGAAAUGAGCCCUGAUGAGUCUGUUAAAGUUCUCAAGCAAGCUCUUGAAGAGCAUAAUGGUGACGUCAAUGUCAGCAACGACACCUUAGACUUCUUUGAAGCCUUGUUGAACUACAAAGAAGCUGGAACAAUCACUUACGCUGAUGAAAAAUCCUCGGGAGGAAUGGCGAAAUCCGAGGUUCAACAAACAGUAGAGUCAUUGGAAGAAACCUCUUCUGGGUCUAUCGCUUAUGACAAAUCUAACCCAAAUGUGAUCUUUGACUGGGACUUGCAGGCAAGAACCGAAGCAGGUAUUGUUGCCCACUGGUCUAUAUACGAAGAGGUCAGAUCUGUUGCUCAACCUUUCGAUGAUCCCACAAUUCCCUGCGAGACAUUCAGAGUCUAUGUUAUUGGUUUGCUCUGGACAGUCAUUGGCUCCUUCAUUAAUCAAUUCUUUGCCGAGAGAAUGCCUAGUAUUGCAUUGGGAACAGCUGUCGUGCAGCUUUUUAUUUUCCCUUGUGGUAAGCUCAUGGAAUUGGUUCUCCCUGCCAAAGAAGUUAAGAUCUGGAAUUGGUCUUUCAACUUGAAUCCUGGUCCUUGGAGUGGAAAGGAACAGAUGUUGGCAACACUCACUUAUUCCGUUAGCGGUGGCACAAUCUAUGUUUCAUACAAUCUUCACAAUCUCAUGUUGGACAAAUUCUAUGGAGUCCCUUGGGUUGAUUUCGGCUACCAAUUUCUUUUGACUUUGAGUACCAGUUUCAUGGGAUUUGGUUUGGCUGGUAUCGUUAGAAAGUUUGUUGUUUAUCCUGUGAACUGUCUCUGGCCAAGUAUCUUGCCAACUGUCGCUCUUAACAGAGCUUUAUGUCAACCCGAAAAGAAAAGUAACAUCAAUGGAUGGAAGGUUUCAAGUUUCUCGUUCUUCUUGAUUGUGUUUGCUGCAUCCUUCGUCUACUUUUGGAUCCCAGACUACUUGUUCACGGCCCUUUCCACCUUUAACUGGCUCACAUGGAUCGCCCCUGACAACUUUAACUUGGCUACUAUCACUGGUUCGAGGACUGGUAUGGGUGUCAACCCCAUCACCUCCUUUGACUUCAACAUUAUCUUGUACAGCAAUCCAUUGAACCUCGCUUUCUACACCAAUCUUAACUACUACAUUGGAGCUGUUCUUGGAAUGUUCUGUAUUGUUGGACUUUGGUGGACCAACUACAAGUGGACUGGCUUUCUUCCAAUUAAUUCGAACGCUUUGUUCACCAAUGAAGGUAAACGUUACUCUGUCAGCUCUAUCUUGGGCGACGAUUACCUUUUGGACAACCUGAAAUACGAGAAGGUUGGUCCACCAUUCUACACUGCUGCCCAGCUCGUUUCCUACGGUGCUUUUUUUGCCAUGUACCCGUUCACUGUCUUUUACGUGGGGCUUACGAACUGGAAGCAAAUCGUGUUUGCUACCAAGGGUUUUAUUAAAAUGUUCAAAGAAAGGAAGGUUUCAACCUAUGAUGGUUUCAAUGAUCCAUUUUGCAGAUCCAUGAAGCAUUACAAGGAAGUACCUGAAUGGUGUUUUACCAUUAUCUUGGUCAUUUCCCUUGUACUUGCCAUUUUGGCUGCAACCUUGUAUCCAGAAGCUGCCCCAGUCUGGUCUAUUUUCUUUGCCUUGGCUAUCAACUUCGUUUUCUUGAUUCCAAUUUGUCUCUUCUACGCUCAAACUGGUUACGCCUUUGGCCUUAAUGUCUUGGUCGAGUUGAUCUACGGUUACAUUAACCCUGGUAACGGUUUGGGUCUUAACUUCGUGAAAGCAUACGGAUAUGUCAUUGAUGGCCAAGCAGAAAACUACAUCACAAAUCAGAAACAAGCACAUUACAUGAGAAUUCCUCCAAGAGCCCUCUUCCGUUUACAAAUGAUUUCUGUCUUUGUGCAUUGUCUUGUGCAAUUGGGAACGUUUAACUUGCAGGUGAACAGCAUCGAAGACUACUGUGACCCCAAACAGCCUCAGAAAUUUAGCUGUCCGCUGUCAAGAACCUUUUACUCGGCUUCCAUUUUGUGGGGUGUCAUUGGUCCAAAGAAGGUUUUCGGUGGUCUCUAUCCUGUUUUGCAAUGGUGCUUCUUGAUUGGCUUCUUGUUGGUGUUUCCUUGUUUCUUGUUGAAGAAGUACUACGGAAGACAUCCUCUUGUGAAGUACUUCCAUCCUGUUAUCCUCAUGCAAGGCUUUAUUUUGUGGGCGCCAUAUAAUUUGUCUUACAUCACUCCUGGUCUUUACGUGAGUUUUGCUUUCAUGCAUUACAUCAAGAAAAAGUACACUGCUUGGUGGUCCAAGUACAACUACAUUCUUUCUGGCGGGUUAUCCGGAGGAAUUGCUUUCUCGAGUAUUAUUAUCUUUUUCUCGGUCCAUUACACCAACAAGUCUCUUGACUGGUGGGGAAAUAACGUGAACAGCCAGGGCCUUGACGCCAUGGCUCCUUCCAGAUUGAACGCUACAUUACAAGCUCCAGAGGGGUACUUCGGCCCAAGAGUCGGCAACUUCCCAUAA